AUGAUGAAAGUAUUCGUACCUCUGUUUUCGACACACAAAACCGCUGAGGAAGUUGACGCGACAGAGGUCGAAGUGGCCGAAGUCACAAAGGUGGUGAGUGACGGAGUCGGAGUGAUCACAUCACUGGAGGAGACCAAAGUCGAAGACGCUUCUGGGGUGCUGGAUGGAGUGCUAGAAACCUCUGUAGUGCUAGAAACCUCUGGUGUACUGGAAAUCUCUGGUGUACUGGAAGCCGCUGGGGUACCCGAAGCCUCUGGAGUGCUGGAAGCCUCUGGAGUAGUAGACGCCUCUGGAGUGCUGGACGAUUCCGGGGUGGAAGACGAGGGUGGAGUGGUCAAUGACAGCAAGGUAGAAGACGCUGGUGUAGGAGUGAGGGAAGGGGUGAAGACAGGAGUAGUCGAGACAUCCGAGAGAACUGAAGAUGGCGAAGAUGGCGAGGCCACAGAGGAUCGGCUGACGCACCUUGCCGCGGCACCACCCAAAAGGGAGCCUAAAACGAGGGCGGGUCGAAGGAGCAUAAUGGAUUUGAUUCGUAGUGGUAUUAAAGAGCGUCGAGAAAUGAGUGUUGGUGAAGUAACGAACGUCGGUCGAGAAUUCGACUUUCAGGAGGGAGAAUAUCACUUCUUGAGGACCAAAAAUGAGCGAUAG